AUGGAAGAAAUAGAAAAGAAAAAAAAUAUUCUGCUACUUUAUGGUUCACAAUAUGGCACUGCAUACGAUUGCUGUCGAAAUAUUUUAUAUGAAUUGUACCGAAAUUUUAACAUUGAUUUCUUUUGUAUGAAUGAUAUAAAUAUAAUGAACCUUUAUAGAUACGAAAAUGUUAUUAUUAUUGUAAGCACAACAGGGUAUGGUUCUUAUACACAGAAUAUGUCCAAGUUUUGGCUUGCUUUGCAUAAAGCUAAUAUGAGAUUUUAUGAAAAUAUAUAUUUCCAUUUAUUCGGAUUGGGUGAUAGCGCAUAUGAUAAUUACAACAUAGUAGCAAAGAAAUUAAAAAAAAAAUUAAAAUCGUUAAAUGCAAAUAUUGUUAAUUACCAUUUAGGAAAUUAUCAGCAUCCAUCUAUGCAUUUUUCAAAUUUUCAAAUAUGGAAAAAUAAUGUUUAUCAAUUCUUGAUGAACAAAUAUUCUUAUUUUGAAUUAAAUGAAGAUAUACCGGACUUGUACACCAUAAGGAACAUUUGUCAACAUCCCGAAAAAAAUACCAAUAACACACAAGAAAAAAAAAAUAUAUAUAGCCACAUUCAAGGAGAAGUUAAUAAUCCUACUUAUGAAAAAGAGAAUAUAUGUGGGGUGUAUUAUCCCACUGUUGCAUCAAACAUAUGCACGGCAGUGAAAGAACAAUCUAAAACAGUUUUUCCCAAAGAAGAAGAAGAAGAAGAAAAUGAAGUAGACAUGAACAGCGGGUUAUUAUGUACGAAAAGUGCUCGAAGUACUCCUAUACGAGUUUACAGUAUCUCUGAGAAUAAUGAGGUUUUUUCUCCGGAUGAAUAUUUUUGCAAUCAUUUAAAACUAUGUAAAUUUGAAAUUCUGAAAAAUGAGAGGUGCACAGAUGAAUCCUAUUAUCAAGAUGUGAGAUUUAUCAAUCUGGUGACACCUCCUUGUUUAUCCUUUAACGUAAGCAGUUUACUAAAUGUUCAUCCAUUUUUAAACGAACAUAAAACGAGAGAUAUACUAAAGGUGUUAAAAAUUAAUUAUGAUGAAUAUGUGGUUAUUCAGAAUAACUAUAUAAAUAGUAGAAGAAGCAUGAACGAUGUUAUUCCAUUUAAUAAAAAGAUCAAAAUAUUGCAUUUGUUUAUGUACUUUCUAGAUUUAAGCAAAUUAGUCACACCUUUCUUUUUUGCAUUUCUUAGCAAAAGAACUAAGAGCGAUAUUCACAAAAAGAAAUUUUUACAGUUAGCUGAUACGAACCAAAUUUCAGAUUAUUUUUCAUACAUUUAUCAAGACAAAAGAUCAUACUAUGAUAUAUUCUUUGAUUUUUACAACUAUAUAAAUAUUGAUGUACCCUUUCUUAUUAACACUCUUCCAAAUAUACAAGAAAGAUCAUAUUCUAUAAUGAAUCCCAAAGGACAUUAUAAUUUUUUAAAAAAGAAUUUUAACCCAUACCAAUUGUACUUUGAUACUGUGAAUCCAUAUUUUUCAUCUCUUCUUCGAAUUUUAAAAAUGAAUUUUUACAUAAAAAGGAAUAGAGGAGAAAAUAUUUUAUCUCGAUACACAAGGGAGAUGUUAACAAAUCGUACAUUAAAAUAUCAAAACUUUAUUAGGAGUAAAUUAGCAUGUAGUAUGAAUAACAUAAUAGAAUUAUUAGUAUGUCUAUACGAGGUAGAAAUAAAUAGAAAUAAAAAAAUCGUAGGUCUUUGUUCGGAUUAUUUAAUCAAUUCAAAAGAAGGAUCAUUUAUUUAUGGUCAAAUACAAGAUAGCCUCAUAUGGAUAAAUAAAAAUAUACUUAAUUUAAAUUAUCGAAUUGUUUAUAUUUCCACGGGUUCAUCUUUUAGUAGCUUCAUGGGAAUCAUCAAAUAUCGACAUUCAUUACACACAAAAAACAGACUUACACAGAUGCGCACGAAAAAGGGGAAACCAAAAAAAAGGGAAUCGGGAAGGAUCGUUAACUCUUUGUUAAAAGAUUUUAUCUUUCUAGGACUUCGCAACAAAACACACGACUUUUAUUUUCAAAAUUUGCUAAGUAGCUUUGUUUAUUUUAAUUACAUAUUUGUGGCUUUUUCGAGACAAGAGGAUGAUAACUUUUUCUUCUUUAACAUGGAUGCAGAGUUAAAUCGUGGUGAUGUUGAUGCUGGUGUUGAUGCUGGUGUUGAUGCUGGUGCUGAUGCUGAUUCUGAUGGUUCUUGCACCCCUGCACUGAGUUCAAAUGGCCACCUUCACAUCAAGUAUGAACACAUAAAACAGCUUUUAAAAGAAAAGAAGAAAAAAAUUUACGUAACUGACAUAGUUCUGGCUAUGCAAAAUUGCAUAUACGAACUUAUAACACAACCAAAUACCAUAUUUUUGGUGUCGGGGAAAUCACGCCCAUUUUCUCAAAACCUAAUUAAGGUCUUUGCUAACAUCAUCAAGAAUAAGGAAGAGCACAGAACAAUGGAGGAUAUAAAUUCCUUUUUAAAAAAAAAGCUAGACGAUUUUUCUAUUAUAGUCGAAUCAUGGUAUUAA